CAGUGGUCGAGUGCAUUACUUGCAAACCUCAAACGGAUGUUUUACUUGGAGUUCACGAGACUAUCAACGUGUGUAUGAGAUUUGAGCAAUCGCGCAGCCGUUGCUCCAUUAAAACGCGGAUGAGUUCAGGCCGAACACGAGCAGCAUUUCCGUAGACGCACAGUUUACAUCAUUUGAAGAGGGAUCCUAAAAACAAAAUCCAGUCGAUUGGGAUUUGUAGAGGUCAGUAAACGAAGACACAGGGACAUUUCUUCGGCUGUGGAGGAAGAGCAACGGCCUGAGGACUGCUGACUAGCAGAAGGAUUCACAGAGGAAAAACAGCCAUGACAGAAUACUAUCAGAUCUUAGGAGUCCAGAAAAACGCGUCGGCGGAGGACAUAAAAAAAGCGUACAGAAAGCUGGCACUCAAGUGGCAUCCAGACAAGAACCCAGAGAACAAGGAGGAUGCAGAGAGGAAGUUUAAAGAGCUUUCAGAAGCCUAUGAGGUCUUGUCAGACGCAAACAAGAGGAACAUUUAUGACCGAUAUGGCAAAGAAGGUCUAACAGGAAACGGAGGUGGAGGAGGAGGAGGUGGGCAUUACCACAACGAUGAUCACUUUGGUGGGUUCACAUUCCGUAAUCCAGAGGAUGUCUUCAGGGAAUUCUUCGGGGGCCAAGAUCCAUUUGCAGAUUUCUUCACAGACGACCCCUUUGAUGACUUUUUCGGUGGAGGCCGCAGGCAGCAGGGGAUGAGUCGGAGCAGGACGGAGGGGCCCUUCUUCCACGGGUUCGGGGGCUUCUCCCCCUUUGGGAUGGGCCUCUCGGGGUUCGAUUCAGGUGCGCCUCGCCUGCAGCACGGUUUCACCUCCCUCGGACAUAUGGGAGGAGGUGGCUUCACCUCGUUUUCCUCUUCAUCAUUUGGUGGUGGACGAGGAGGAGGAGGGAUGGGCAACUUUCGCUCUGUGUCCACCUCCACCAAGUUUAUCAACGGCAGAAAAAUCACAACAAAACGGAUUGUGGAGAACGGCCAGGAGAGUGUGGAGGUGGAAGAGGAUGGCCAGUUGAAGUCUCGAACAGUCAAUGGUCUGGAAGAUGACGACCGGAGACAGAACACCCUGCCAGGUUUCCCCGCCCACCAGCGCUACCUCCGGAACACCCCACAUAACCCGGCUGAGGAAGAGGAGGGUCAUCAGAGUCUGGGACUCGCCAGAGGACACACAGAUACCAAGAGGAAGAAAUAUCCUUGGAGGCAAGAGGCGGAGCUCAAAAAGAAGAGAACACCUCGAUUGGCUCCACGAAUCGGUGCCUGGUUCUAAAGCACUGCUAUGGCUCUGCCUUUUCCUGUUCCGGACGGAAGAUCAUCAGUACAUGUGGCAUUAUAACAAGCCAGUCAUAGGGUUGCCAAAUUCAGACAACUUUCCCAGAAUGCCCAGGUUUUCAAUAAAUCCAGGUUGAAAGAUUCCCAGCAUCAAUAGGAAACCCUGAAUCCUCCAACCAGGCUUUUUGGAAAACCUCUGCCAUUUAGGUUGAGGAUGUCCACCCACGACGGUGGUGAGUCCCUCCUAUCAACUAUUCAGCGCCAGCGGCUAAUCUCAAUACCUUUAUAUGUUAAACUGUCAAGUCAUAACUCACCCCGUUCUGCUCUUCAGCUCUAAGCAAUUCACCCUUAAUUACCCAGAGGUAACAGCGAGUUGAGACCGCAGUUUAUGAAUGGUUUUUUGUUAUGAUUUCAGUAGAGAAACAGAUAAUUUUGUGAUUUUGCAUAAAUCACAGAUUGUAGACCAGGAGGACCUUAGCAUACACACACUGUCAUAACUGGUCUCCUCUUAAUAGAUUAAAAAAAAAAAAAAAAAAAAAUGUAACAUGCUUAUGUAAUUUUCUUUUUUUUUAUGGAUCUGUAGUAUCAAAGUUAAUAUAAUGCAUCUGAAUGGUCUGUUAGAACAUUUAAUAGUGUACAUGACAAUGUUACAGAACUGGAAAGGCAUUUUCGUACAGGUGGGUCCUAAAGGAACAGUUCAUCC